AUGCAAGUCAUUGACGUCCCGCAUUUCGAUAGUGAUGGGGUAACCCUCCAGCCAACGGUCGGAUAUGAUAAGGGGACCGUUCUAGCUGCCUCAACCGGCGAGACUAGGGUCGCCGACGCCAUUAUCGCCAGUGAAGCCACCAACGAGGUAGGCGAAGUACAGACGAAGUCCGAUCCCGAGAAGAAUAUCUAUGAGGUAGAUACUCAAGCGCUUGAGAACGAGGAGUAUCCGCCACCCACGGAGGAAGAGCUCAGCAGCCUUCGCAAGGUCCCGGCCUAUCUCCCCAUCAUCGCAUACUCCCUUUGUCUGGUGGAGUUCGCCGAACGAGCAUCUUACUACGGCGCCCAGACCGUCUUCUCCAACUUCAUUGAGUUCCCUCUUCCGAAAGGAGGAAAUGGUGCGGGUGCACCUCCGCGAGGGACGCAGGAGACAGCUGGUGCGCUGGGAAUGGGACUCCAGGCGAGUGAUGGUUUGGUCUUGCUAUUCCAGUUCCUUGCCUAUGUCAUUCCGAUCUUCGGUGGAUGGUGGGCCGACGUAUAUGUCGGUCGGUACUGGGCCAUUUGUGUCGGAGUCGCUAUUUGUGGUAUUGCCCACAUCAUUCAGAUCAUCGGCGCAAUUCCUUCAGUUCUGCAAGCUGGCACGGCGCACGCAGCGCCGCCAUUCAUCAUCGGGCUGCUGCUGUUGGCCCUCGGUGCCGGUAUCUUCAAGCCCAAUAUUGCACCCACAGUCUUGGACCAAUACCGCCAUCAAAAGCAGUACACCAAGGUUUUAAAGACCGGGGAGAAGGUCAUUGUGGAUCCCGAGAUGACGGCUACUCGAACGAUGCUCAUCUUCUAUGGAGUGAUCAACGUCGGGGCAUUCUACAUGCUGGCCACCACAUAUGCGGAGAAAUAUGUGGGUUAUUGGCUGGCUUUCCUGCUGGCCGGGAUCAUCUACUUCAUUUUGCCGGUGGUUCUGGCGGCCGCCUAUAAGAAGACGUACAGAACGCCGCCGAGUGGCAACUCAGAUCUCGCCAAGGCGAUCAAGAUCACCAUAACUGCUUUGCGCCAAAACAAGUGGCAGGUCUGGCGGAAGAACUUCUUCGAUGCGGCGAAACCGAGUGUCCUGGCAGCCAAGGGGAUCCAGGUCGACUGGAGCGACAAGCUGGUGGAUGAUGUGCGGAGAACUCUCGUGGCAACGGAGAUCUUCUUCUAUUUCCCCAUCUACAACCUCAAUGACGGCGGUAUCGGGUCGGUCUCGACAAACCAGGGUGCAUCGAUGACGACCAAUGGCGCCCCUAACGACCUUCUGAGCAACUUCAAUGCCUUGACCAUCAUUGUGGCCGUGCCAAUCGUCGAUUACUUCAUCUACCCCUUGCUAUAUCGGUACAACAUCCCGUUUAAGCGAAUCACUCGUAUCACAUUCGGGUUCACCCUGGCCGCACUCUCCGGUCUGUGCGGUGCCCUGGUCCAGUGGCGCGUAUACAAGACCUCGCCGUGCGGCUACUAUGCCUCCUCCUGUUCCGAAGUCAGCCCCAUCAGCAUCUGGUGGCAGCUGCCAAACACCAUCUUGGGGGCCCUCUCGGAAAUUUUCUGCAACGUGACGGCGUAUGAACUGGCGUAUGCCCGGUCGCCCGCGAGUAUGAGGGGUCUAGUCAUGGCGAUCUUCCUCUUCAUGACUGCUUUGUCCAGUGCGCUGGGAGAGAUCCUUCUACCAGUCACAGAGGAUCCCGACUUGAUCUGGAUCUGGGGUGCCCCCGCUGUUGCCCUCGCUCUCCAGACCAUUUUCUUCUGGUACCGCUUCAGUUACCUGAACAACGACGAAUUUAUGACCGACGAAGCCAACUAUGCCAACAGUGAUGCGGAGGAGACCCCUAUUCAGACCACUGAAGUGGAAAAGACGGUUGAGAAGUAG